AUGGCCCCAGAUGCGCGAGAACCACCGAUCACAUCUCCAGAACCUGAUCCUCUCCUCCCACCAAAGACGUCUGGCACCAUCCGUGCACAGUCAUCAUUUCCUCUUACUAUAGAGUCCAAUGAUCCCCCCACUCAGGCCAGGUCACCACCUCCUGUCCGAACUCUGCCUGCUUGGGUCAGAUCAUUUGAUAUUCCCGAUGAUGAUCCGAACGCUGCAUCGAGACUUUUACCUGCCGAAAUAGAUGAUGCCCUCGUGGCACAACAUAAUCACUCGCCUUACCAGACGUUGAAACCGGACCGCAACAGAACGAGAGGAAUCGAAAACGAGUAUGGUAAUUUCAUACCAGAAACGCGAGAAUCACGUUGGAAACGCUUUGUUCGGACAGCUGCUUAUCCCCGCGAAGACUUCGGUGCGGAAGAGAAACGCGUAUCUUGGGAAUGGUUGAACAGCAAUCUUGGAGAUUACUCCCAGCCUUGGGGUGCCAGUCAUGAUGGGUCGGAUGCCGAACAAGGCCGCCGCGCUGGCACUUGGUCUCCAAAACAGCGAAAUCUGUUUGAGCGUAUUCAAAGACACUUGCUACGCAGUCCUAUGGUGCCGUUGAUGCUGCGACUUACGGUCUGGAUAUUCUCCUUAUGUGCUCUAGCACUUGGAGGCUCUAUCCGCUCAUUGGCCAGCCACUUCCAUCGAGAUCAAGGUCCUUCGGCAGCCAUGGCAAUUAUUGUUGAUGCGGUAGCUUUGGUUUAUUUAGUGUACAUUACAUACGACGAAUAUGCCAGCAAGCCAUUAGGCCUUCGCUCUCCAAAGGCCAAGAUGCGAUUGAUUCUGCUAGAUCUAUUUUUUAUCGUUUUCGACGCAGCCAAUCUCAGCCUUGCCUUUGUAUCUCUGGAUGAUGUGCAAGGGACUUGCACAAAUGCAGUGAUCAACGAUAUACAAGAUGACCGAAAUGAUGCCUUAUGUGUCCGGCAAAAGGCACUCGCAUCGGUUCUUCUUGUUGCGCUGAUUGCAUGGCUGCUCACUUUUUGUAUCAGUAUUUUCCGGUUGGUUGAAAGAGUCUCGAAAUGA